AUGGACCCCAAGGAGCGCAAGAAGAUCCAGUUCUCGGUGCCCGCCCCCCCCAGCAACCUGGACCCCCGCGCCGUGGAGAUGAUCCGCCGGCGGAGGCCCACGCCGGCCAUGCUCUUCCAGCUCUCCGAACACUCGUCCCCAGAGGACGAGAACCUGCCCUACCAGCGCUCGGGCGAGGGCUGCCUGCUCAAACCAAAGAGGACCAACCCGUGUGCCUACACCCCGCCCUCGCUCAAAGCCGUGCAGCGCAUCGUGCAGUCCCACCUGGAGAGCGGCAUGGGCGGCGGGGACAGCUCCGACGGGGAGCCCGAUGAUGGCUGCGACCCUGACAGUGCCCUCGAGUCUGCCCCGGGGAGCCAGGGCAGAGCCGAGCGCAGCUACUUCCCCGCCGGGCUGAAGGCGCACAAGCGGAAAGGCGGGCAGAAGGUUUCCUUCGCCGGCGGCAUCGACGAGCGCGAGGAGGACCUGAAGUCGCUGACGGUGUCCGAGAUCCCCGAGGACCCCGAGGGAGCGGAGGGCGACGAGGACGAGCCGGGCCAGGAGCAGGACGGUGGCACCGGGGAGCGGCGACACGUGGGUUUCGCCGAGGUUCCCUCGCGUCCCAUCGGCACCGAGCGCCACUCGCCCACCUUCCCGCUGGGCACCAGUUAG